CUCAAUCCUGUCAAGUUAUAAUAUUUGUCUCAUACCCCUCUCUUUGGAUUGCCAGUUUUAGAACAGGCUCUCUUUCUUCCCAGCUACUCGCUGUCCCUCGGCUCCUCUGUCCUCUUUGGCCGUGUUGCUCACUAGCCUAGAGAUACGCCAAGACUCGGGGUGUCGCGCGAGCCCCUUGAGAGUUCUGCUCUUUUCUCUUUGCUUUCUAUCAGAGUUCUUUGCAAGCCCAAGCUUUGUUUUUAUUAUUGUUCAUUUCCUUGCCAUGACCUAAAUAUCUAGAGUCAGGUUUAUGUUUGUAUAGCUCGGUAAUCAACCAAGUCGGUCACGCGACACGAGCCAGAUACUCCACUGGUCGAAUCAUCACACGGGCAGUGUCCCAGCGGAGAAAAUUACCUACCAGUAUGGCAAACGCCGAUAGUGGUAAUGCCUCGGAUGGCAUCGAUAAAGCAGUUGAAACUGGCAAUUCUGGCGUGAAUUCUAGAAAGACAAACCCCGUCCGAUGGACAGUCGGUUUGGUUGUGCGACUUUGCAUCUGGUAUGCUCUUCUCACGCCAUUCUUUCGGUGUCCGUCUCAACUGUCCGAAUUGGACGGAUUCUCCCCGCGCGUUUGCCAGCCAUACCUUAUCGCUCGCUCCCAUAUCGAACCGCAUGUCCUACCUUACUACAAUGCCUACGCAGCGCCUUACGUUGAUACGGCCCGGCCCUACGUUCAAGUAGCCCAUGACAAGAUCUAUAUCCCUGCGGCUAGUGUUGCCAAAACGAGCUAUGAUGAAUAUGGAGCCCCGGCGUUGCACCAAGCACAAGUUUAUGGCAAGCAGCAAUGGGAGACGCAGGUUGUUCCUCACAUAAACUCUGCCAAAGGCAGCGCGUGCGCCUUGUAUCAGGCGCAUGUGGCACCACAUGCUGACCAUGUAACGGCUUUGAUCUCACCCUACCGUCAGAAGGCCAACGCUGCAUUUCGCUCCGUGUGUGACCAGUAUAUUGUACCCUUUUACGCACACUCUAGACCUUUCAUUGGGAAGACCUACACCUCCGGCCAAGAUAUUCUGACGACUAGCGUUCUCCCAUAUGCGCAAAGCACGUGGUCGUCCGCCAUCUACUUGGCAAAUCAUGAGCUGUGGCCAAGAAUUGCUGGUCUCUAUUCUGAGAAUGUGGAGCCUCAGCUGGUCAAAAUUGGGCAGCGUCUCGCAAUCUACCGGGAGGGCAAGCCACUGCGGAGUGUCGUGGGCGGAGCUGACAGCUCCUCUGAUCCCACGGGUUCUACCACACCCACGUCAAUAGAAACAAGUCAAUAUGUAGCAUCGGCCACACCCUCUUCAGCACCGAUUACACCGCCAGCGCACUCUUGGUCACCCGAAGAAAAGGCUGCCGACGCUCGUGCCCGGAUCGACUCCGAUAUCUCCACAUGGCAAGAAAGAUUCAUUGUUGCCGCUGACCAGGGAGCCAAAGAUCUUGCGGAUCAGAUCGAGAAUCUUGUUGAAGAAUACACGAAGAGCGAUGCGAAGGCUUAUGGCGAGAGCCUUGCCACCGCUUUGAACACCACCAUUGAGAGCGAGCUGACUGCUGCCAAGAGCCGCAUGAACGAAUUGGCCGGAUUCCUUCCCUUCGAGGACGCCCCAGAGGAGGAGGAAGUCGCGCAGGAGGAGUUCGCAAAGGAUAUCAGAGAAGCAGCGAUUACUAUCCGGGACCAUGCGCAUGCUCUCCGAGAAUGGCAUAGAUCCUUCGAUCAGGAGCUGGUGGGACGGGUAUCUACUAUCGUCAAAUCCACCCUCAAUGUUCUAGACAGUGUUCGGGAUGUUGGCCUUCAGGAAAUUGGCAUUCGUUGGGCGUCCAUGGAUGAGGUUACCUACAAAGAUUGGGCCAGAUAUCAUGCCUUGAAAACGCGUUUCGAGGAUUGGAAAGACGAGUUCAAUACUGCCGGGUUGCAAAACAGCAAGCUUGAAGAGCUCCGGAUUGUGGCGGAUGAGAUUCUGUCCUACGGAAUGGAUACCGCCGAAGCUGCCGCGAAGGAGCUUGCCCGACUGAAGGAUGUUGGGAAGUGGAAAAUAGCUGCGCGCGAAGUGAAUGAUGAUUUCGAAACGCGGUCUGGCUCUCCGCCACCACGACCGCAGCCGAUCAUCGAGUCUGAACAAGUCGCCGAGGAUGACGAAUCUGUUGCGGGUGAAAAGAACCGACAGCUUCCUACCGAUGUCGACGAGCAGGGGUCUCACACGACCGUGAUUGCAGACGAAACUGAUCAUCAUACAGAUGAUCAAGAAGAAUUGGGAUUCGACGAUGCACCCUUACACGAUGACGAGCAAGACACCCGUUACGAUACUGAGGAGACCGCUGAAGCCUCCACUCCCCAGACGGAAGAUGAAUCCCCCCAGUUCGCAUGGGGAGCGAAUGCCGAACCGAUUCCUGGCCAAGGUCAAGCUCAUAAAGUCCCCGACGCUGCUAGUCAGGCCGAUAACGAGCGUGCUGAGACCACGAAAGCCGCUAGCGAGACCACAUCACAGUCGACCGAUGCCCAGCCUUCCAGCUCUACCGCCGUACCACAAGACGACGUAGAAGCAUUGAUUUCCAAACUUCUUGCAGACAAAGGUUCGUCUUUGUCGGACGAUGUUUUGAACAAGCUUCACGCUAUUUACGGGGCAGCUGUUCCGUCUUCUUCGCCUGCUCCCGCGGAAAACAUACCGAAUAUUAAUGACGCGAUGGAAAACGCAAGCGAGAAGAUCCAAUCUGCGACCAGCAUUGUCUAUGAAAAAGCGACAUCUGCUGCAUCGGCCGCUAUUGCAUCCGGUAGUGCGCUUGGCGCUAAGCAGGUGGAAGCUGCCCGAGAAGCUAUCGAUGAUGCCUUCUCGUCUGUCGAGUCCGCAAUUGAUGACGCUACUCAGUCAUCUUCAUCUACUGUCGCCCGGUAUGUUGAUUCUGCCGCUGCUACACCACAGGCCGAGGAUGCGACCGGAGGCGAUGAAGAAGCUAUCCAUGGAGGCGAUCUGUAAGGAAUGGGAUUUGGGAAGACAAAAAUAAUGGGAAAUCAAGGGCGACAGGCUUGGGAUCUACCGUGAGUUAGUGAUCGGAGAAAGACACUUCAAGUGUGUUGGCCUUGGUGAUGGAAGCACGUGCUUUCUCUCUCGGUGCUGUCUCGAUUCUUUCUUUGUUGGGUUGGUUUUUCGUCGAGAUUGAUGACCUUAAUUAUUCCCCAUAUAGUUUACGAUUAUUGUACGUCACGACAUGUUUUAUUAUCAGUUGACCGUUUGGCUUUUGUUCAUUAGUUAGACCUAUACAUACACAUCAAC